AUGAACACAGCAGCACUGAUAGUCCUGCUACUCCUUCUGGCCAUCCAUUUCGCGAGCAGCCGCUCCAUUAGAGAUGAAUACGCCAAUCUAAUAUCUAAUGGCUUGGAUCAAAACGGCCAAACCCAAAUCUUAAAACUAAAUAGUAUGGCAACAACUAUGACUUGCGAGCCGAUUUAUGGCUUCAUGCCUUGCACCACAAAGGUUUGGGGAAACCUCUUCCUCUUGGUCGUCUAUGAGUACUUGCUAUCUGUCGCAGACAAAUACAUUUCCAGUGGAUCCAACCUUUUCUUUCAAAUGUUCGGAACCGGUAUAUUUGGUGGUAGUUUGUUCUAUGUGCUUGCUAAAUUCCCACAAAUUGCAUUGGUUCUUGUGACCUUGCUCUCAGCCCAUGAAGAUGUUGUUGGAUCAGCAGUAUCAAUGUCAAUGGGGUUUCUUGCAGGCUCAACAAUGAUGAGCCUAACAAUAAUCUGGGGUUCUGUCAUUGCUUUUGGAAGCUAUGAUCUUCAACCGACUCCUUCCACAAACCUGGAAAACAAAAAGCCAUUCCUUUCCAAUGGUUAUGGGAUAAAAACUGAUACUGUUACCAAGUAUACUGCAAGAAUAAUAAUUCUGUCAAUGAUCCCAUACUUAAUACUUGAACUGUCGAAAGUUUUCAAUUCAUCUUCAGCAACACGAGCAGGAGUCCUGAUUUCUCUUAUUAUUACAGUGAUUUUGCUAGUCACUUACUGCACCUUCCAGGUUUUCCAGCCAUGGAUUCAGGAUAGAACGCUUGAAUAUUUGAUUCUAUCAUAUGUGAAGAAGAACCUACUUCAAUCUCUAUGCAGUCCUUAUGGGAGGCCCAUGGAAUUCAAGAUAAGACAGUUGUUUCACAAGAUUGAUUUGAAUACAAAUGGUCAAAUAUCAGUAAUGGCAGAGUUUGACUUCUCUGGCGAUCAUGAGAUAAGUGAGGAAGAAUUUAUUCGAGGGAUAUCAGAAUGGCUUGAUGAGGCUAAUGGUGUUCAAAACAAUCGUAACCAUAAUCAGACAGAAGUGUUCAAUAGUAAUUUACCGGGAACUAGUGAAGUACAGCAGACAUGGGAGGAUGAACAACAGGAUUCCAAGAAUUCUGAUAAAUUGAAUUACACUAAGGCCACUUAUUUCAUCCUUCUAGGAACUGCUAUUGCAGUUCUUCUGGCAAAACCCUUAACCAAAACACUCCAAGAAUUUGCCACAGCUAUAAAGGUCCCCUCUUUCCUGGUGUCAUAUUUUUUGGUACCCUUCGCUUUGAACUUCAGACAAGGAUAUAAAUCAAUUAUUUCUGUCAGGGAGAAGACGGAGAAGUCCGUGUCUUUGACACUUUCUCAGAUUUAUUGUGGAGUAUUCAUGAACAACGUUUUGGGUUUGACAUCAUUCUUGGCAAUUGUUUAUAUACGAGAUGUGGAAUGGGAUAUCACAGCUGAAAUUCUGGUCGUUUUGAUAAUUUUCAGUGGAAUUGGUCUAUCCUCCAGCUUCUCCUCCAUAUUCCCAUUUUGGACAUGUCUUGUAGCAUAUGCUCUAUAUCCCAUAUCUCUAGGAUUUCUUUAUGUUCUUACUAUUUCUUUCGGAUGGGGUUAA